AUGGCUGGCGCCACCAUACGGGUCGGCACCCGGGGCAGUCGGUUGGCGCUGAUCCAGACCGAGCUGACGCUCGCGAUCCUGCGUGAAGCCCAUCCCGACGUACUUUUUGAAGUCGUAACGGUAACCACGCAGGGCGAUGCCAACCAGACCGCUCCGCUGGCCGGCAUGGGUCUGGGGGUAUUCGUCAAGGAGAUCGAGCGCCUACUGGAGAUCGGCGAGAUCGACAUGGCGGUACACAGCCUGAAGGACAUGCCGACCGUCCUGCCCGAGGGCAUGGCGCUCGGAGCCAUAUUGGAGCGGGCCGACCCACGGGAUGCGCUGGUUUCCCAUCUCGGCAAGACCCUGGACGAAUUCCCCGCCGGCGCGAAGAUCGGCACCAGCAGUCCGAGGCGGCAGGCGCAGAUCGCGGAACGGCGCCCGGACCUGGAAAUCGUGCCCAUCAGGGGCAACGUGGAUACGCGGCUCCGGAAGGCAACGGGCGAAGAAUGCGACGGUACCGUGAUAGCCGUCGCCGGCCUGGACCGCAUGGGACUGGCCGACGUAAUCACGGAGUACCUCUCGCCCGAGGAAUUCGUGCCUCCGCCGGGCCAGGGCGCGAUGGCGGUGGAAAUCCGAGCGGACAACAAGCGUACCGCCGAACUGGUUGCGUCGGCCGACCACCCGCCGACGACGGCCGCGGUAAGCGCGGAACGAUCUUUCCUCGAAGCGCUGGGCGGCGGUUGUCAGGUCCCGGUGGGCGCGUACGCGGAGUAUUACGACAGCGACGCUUUGCGGUUGACGGUGUUCAUGGCAACGCCUGACGGUUCGGCGACAUACCGCGCCACCGUGACCGGCGCGUCUGCGGACCCGGCGCGCCUGGCGGCGCAGGGAUGGGAAAAGCUGCGCGAACGGGGGGCGGCGGGGUUGCUGACCGAGUAA